UGUCCCAGAAAGAACGGGGCCACUGUGCACGCUCUUCUCAGGCAGUCAUGGGUAACUGGGUGGAGAAUGAAGGACUGUCCAUCUUUGUCGUUCUCGUGUGGCUGGGGUUAAACGUCUUCCUCUUUUGGUGGUUCUAUCUUGCAUAUGAUCUCCCACCAAAAUUCUUCUACACCAGAGUCCUCCUUGGCCGUGCUUUAGCUCUAGCAAGAGCUCCUGCAGCUUGUCUGAAUUUCAACUGCAUGCUGAUUCUGCUGCCAGUGUGUCGAAACUUGCUGUCCUUUCUCAGAGGAUCAAGUGCGUGCUGCUCAACCCGUGUCAGACGGCAGCUGGACAGGAACCUCACCUUUCACAAAAUGGUGGCAUGGAUGAUCGCCCUUCACACUGCAAUUCACACCGUCGCACACUUGUUCAACGUGGAGUGGAGUGUGCACGCACGUGUUGAGGAGAGGGGCACCUUGGCAGCUGCGCUUUCUGGCCUCGGGGAUAAGCCCAAUGAAAGCUACCUGAACUUCGUUAGAAAAACCAUUCCGAAUCCUGUGGGGGGCCUCUAUGUGGCUUUCACGUACUUGGCUGGUCUCACUGGCGUUAUCAUUACGCUGGCCCUCAUACUAAUCAUCACGUCAUCCACCAAAACCAUCCGAAGGUCGUACUUUGAAGUGUUUUGGUACACGCACCAUCUCUUUGUCAUCUUCUUUAUUGGUCUUGUCAUCCAUGGUGCUGGGCGUAUUGUACGGGGACAGACAGCUGAGAGUCUGGAUGAGCAUAAUCCAGACAUUUGCUCUAAGAACUUCACUGACUGGGGGAAAAAAGAGGCCUGUCCAAUCCCCCAGUUUUCAGGAAAUCCUCCUAUGACAUGGAAAUGGGUUGUAGGUCCUAUGUUUUUAUACCUGUGUGAGAGGCUGGUGCGCUUCUGGAGAUCACAGCAGAAGGUUGUUAUCACAAAGGUGGUCAUUCAUCCCUUCAAGACAAUCGAGCUCCAGAUGAUGAAGAAGGGCUUCAAGAUGGAGGUCGGGCAAUACAUUUUUGUCAAAUGUCCUGCCGUGUCUAGACUGGAAUGGCAUCCGUUCACGCUGACCUCUGCUCCAGAGGAGGAUUACUUCAGCAUCCACGUCCGCAUCGUAGGGGACUGGACAGAGGCCCUGUUUAACGCCUGCGGAUGCGAUAAGCAAGAAUUCCAGGAAGCAUGGAAGUUGCCCAAGAUAGCUGUGGACGGCCCCUUUGGAACAGCUAGUGAGGAUGUAUUCAGCUAUGAAACCGUUAUGCUUGUUGGAGCUGGAAUAGGGGUCACCCCAUUUGCAUCUGUCCUCAAGUCUGUCUGGUACAAGUACUGCCACGAUGCAACCAACCUGAAACUCAAAAAGAUCUACUUUUACUGGCUUUGCAGGGACACUCAUGCCUUUGAAUGGUUUGCUGACCUCUUGCAAUCUCUGGAGACUCAAAUGCAGGAGAGAAAUAAUGCAGAAUUUCUCAGCUACAACAUCUACUUGACAGGCUGGGAUGAAACUCAGGCCACUCAUUUUGCAGUGCAUCAUGAAGAAGAGAAAGAUGUGAUUACAGGCCUUAAACAGAAAACACUGUAUGGAAGACCUAAUUGGGAAAAUGAGUUCAAAACCAUUGCAGGGAAACAUCCAGGCUCCAGAAUAGGCGUUUUCCUCUGUGGACCUGAGGGCCUAGCUGACACACUCAACAAGCAGAGCAUCAGCAACUCAGAAGCUGACCCACGAGGAGUACACUUCAUUUUUAACAAGGAAAAUUUCUAACUCAUAAAUAUAUGGGAGUC